GCAACUGGGGCAGUCGGGAGGUAGGCGCGGGGCAGUCGGCUGAGGUGGCUGCGGUAGGAUGAUUGUCUGUCGGCGGCGGGAGUAGCUCAAUGUGCUUCUCCAGUUCCUACCCUUACUCAGGUGGUGAAUUCAGGAGACCAGGCAGGGGCAACUGUACUUCGGAUGGUCAGGCCCCAGGAUACUGUAGCGUAUGAGGACCUGUGUGUGGACUAUACUCAGAAGAAAUGGAAAGGUCCCGCACUCAGUCAGAGAGCCCUGCAGUGGAACAUGAUGCCGGGAAAUGACCAUAGCAUGGCCUCCUUGGGUAGGAACAUGAUGGAGAGUUCGGAGUUGAUUCCGAAGCAGGAAAUUUUUAAAGGAUCAGAGUCAUCUAAUAGCACAUCAGGGGGACUCUUUGGGGUGGUUCCUGGGGGAGCAGAGAUUGGAGAUGUUUGUGAAGAUACCUUCAAAGACUUAGAAGGACAUACCACAAAUGAAGAAGGGAGCAGACUAGAAAGUGAUUUCUUGGAAAUAACAGAUGAAGAUAAGAAAAAAUGCACAAAAGACAGAUAUGAGGAAUAUAAGGAAGUUGGGGAACAUCCACAUCUGUCUUCCAGUCCUGCUGAACAUGAAGGAGUUUUAAAGGGACAGAAAUCCUAUCGAUGUGAUGAAUGUGGCAAAGCUUUUUAUUGGAGUUCUCACCUUAUUGGCCAUCAGAGAAUCCACACUGGAGAGAAACCCUAUGAGUGUAAUGAGUGUGGGAAGACCUUCAGGCAAACCUCCCAGCUCAUUGUUCAUCUCAGAACCCACACAGGGGAAAAACCCUAUGAAUGCAGUGAGUGUGGAAAGGCGUACAGGCACAGCUCCCAUCUCAUUCAACAUCAGAGACUCCAUAAUGGGGAGAAACCCUAUAAAUGUAAUGAAUGUACAAAAGCUUUUAAUCAGAGCUGCAAACUCUUCGACCACCAGAGAACCCAUACUGGGGAGAAACCUUAUGAAUGUAAGGAGUGUGGGGCAGCCUUUAGUCGCAGUAAAAAUCUUGUUCGACAUCAGGUUCUGCACACUGGUAAGAAACCUUAUAAGUGUGAUGAAUGUGGGAGAGCUUUCUGUUCCAAUAGAAAUCUCAUUGACCAUCAGAGAACCCACACUGGAGAGAAGCCUUAUGAGUGUAGUGAAUGUGGUAAAGCCUUUAGUCGGAGUAAAUGUCUUAUUCGACAUCAGAGCCUCCACACUGGGGAAAAGCCAUACAAAUGUAGUGAAUGUGGGAAAGCCUUCAAUCAGAUCUCUCAACUUGUUGAGCAUGAGCGAAUUCAUACUGGAGAAAAACCAUUUAAAUGUAGCGAGUGUGGUAAGGCAUUCAGUCUGAGUAAAUGUCUUAUUCGGCACCAGAGACUUCACACAGGUGAGAAGCCCUAUAAAUGCAAUGAGUGUGGAAAAUCCUUCAGUCAAAACUCAUACCUCAUUAUACACCAGAGAGUUCACACUGGUGAGAAACCCUAUGAAUGUCAUGAGUGUGGGAAGGCCUUCAGUUAUAAUUCUAGUCUUAUGGUACAUCAGAGAACCCAUACUGGGGAAAAACCCUAUAAAUGCAAUGAUUGUGGGAAAGCUUUUAGUGACAGCUCACAGCUUAUUGUGCACCAGAGAGUCCACACUGGAGAGAAACCUUAUGAAUGUAGUCAAUGUGGGAAAGCCUUUAGUCAGCGUUCCACUUUUAAUCACCACCAGCGAACUCACACUGGAGAGAAGCCCUCAGGUCUGUCUUGGUCAUCAUCUUAAGGCAUGGUUCUCUGAGACAGAGAGCAAAGACCUUUGAGUUAAGCUUUCUUUAUAAGAAGGAUGUUGAUCAUGGUCUCCUUGGAGACCACUAAUCACAGUGGUGACCAUACCCUACUUGCUUUUGCUUCGGUCACUAAGGUGGGAGAGUAGGUGCAAGUUAGUCUGAUCCUUACUUAGGAAAUUAGGGAUUACAUCUGUCAUUAACUUGUAGGUUUCCUUCUUUCUCUUAAAAAACUAUUUUAAAAAAUCUGUCUUAUUAGUAUACAUUCCAUAAUCAGAUUCUGCAUUUGAAGAACAGCAGUUGUAUUAUCUUUAUUCUAUUGCAGUUCCUCCACUGGACCAUUUACGUAAAGUCACUUUUAAAGUCAUUCUACAACAUUGUUCUUCCCUGCUCCUUGGCUAUCUCCUUCCACAGCUAUUUUUAAAAUUUGUACUGUAAGCUA